ACUCGAGAUAAUCAGAAUUCUGCUCGGUGGUAUUUUCGAUACCAGAUAGGUAGUCGUAGUAUAUAAAUACGGAGCCAACGCGUGUGCGAAUUCAUAUACGUUUGUGUAUUGCACGAUUUGCGAAUCGAAAGUGUAUUACAUAACCUUGCAUGAAUUUACAUUGCGGCACUUUAUUCGAGUCGUGUAUAACUAGAUAGGACAGCAACAAUUGAUCGGUUCUUCUUAAUCAACAUUUUUAUUCAACAAUGUCUCGCUUUUUGAUCAACCUUUUGCCACAGGCCAAGAAGUUGGCAACUGUAACUUCGUCGAAUCUUAUCCAAGCCAGUCGACUUCGAUCGAACGAUAACGUGCGAUUUUUCUCGGCAAGCUCGAGAUUGCUGUCCAAGCUAGAAAUAUCAAAGCCUGCACCUGAUUUCUCAGGCACCGCUGUUGUCAAAGGUGAUUUCAAAGAAAUCAAGCUGAGUGAUUAUAAGGGAAAAUAUGUUGUUCUGUUCUUCUAUCCCUUAGAUUUUACAUUUGUAUGUCCCACUGAAUUGCUGGCGUUCAGUGAAAAAGUUAAAGAAUUUGAGGCCUUAAACACACAGGUGGUUGGAGUUUCGAUUGAUUCUCACUUCAGUCAUUUAGCUUGGCUUAAUACGCCAAGAAAAGAAGGUGGACUAGGUGGUGAUCUAGGCUAUCCUUUGCUCAGUGAUUUAAACAAGAAAAUUGCCUCAGAUUACAAUGUCCUCAUUGAAGAUCAAGGUAUUGCGUUAAGAGGCCUUUUCAUUAUUGAUAAGGAAGGACUUUUGCGUCAGAUCACAGUUAAUGAUUUACCUGUUGGAAGAAGCGUUGAAGAAGUUUUAAGAUUAAUCAAAGCCUUUCAAUUUGUUGAGAAGCAUGGUGAAGUAUGCCCUGCAAAUUGGCAACCAGAAUCUAAAACUAUUAAGCCAAAUCCCAAAGAUAGCAAGAAAUAUUUUGAAUCAGUCAACUAAGUGCUAUGUAUAUUAGUUUUAUUUCAAAACAUUUUUUAUGUUAUUUUUUACAUUAGAAUCUACAGUUUUGUUAAAUGUCAUUAUUUUUUUUUAUAAAAUUCUUUGCAUAGUUGGGUAAUGUAAAAAGCUUUUCUAAUGUAGUGAUAGUUUACUCACUUUUGCAGACAAACAAAUGUAAUCUACUUGUAAUUUUUUUUUAAAAAUUCAAUGAAUAAAAGAAUAUAAAUUUU